UUAUUAUUAUUAUUAUUAUUAUUAUUACCAUCCGCUUUCAAUACCUUUCCACAGGAUUGUAUAAUCUAACAUAAGCAGUUAGUAAACCUCUAGUUAAGACAAAUCCCAAUUCCUACCACCCCAUGGCAGCCCUCCCGCGCUUCACCCUAAUAUUCUACGCGCCCCCCUCCGCCCUCGCAGCCUGCAAAUCCGCCAUCUUCGCCGCGGGCGCAGGCCGCUACCCCGGGCCGGGGAACUACACCGAGUGCUGCUGGGCGACCCUGGGCACAGGCCAGUUCCGGCCGGGCGACGCCGCGAACCCGCAUAUCGGCGCCGUCGGGGCCCUCGAGGAAGUCCCCGAGGUCCGCGUCGAGACCCUGUGCGUCGGCGAGGACGUCGUUAAAGCCGCUGUUGGGGCGCUUAAGGGCGCUCAUCCCUACGAAGAGCCUGCCUACCACGUCAUCAAGCUGGAGGAUUAUUGAGCACGCAUGGUGAACCUGCGAUUAGAUGGGAAAUCGUGAGAUGGGCGGUCGUGCUAGGGACACCUAAGUUCACCUUUACUCUAUG